AUGAGAGCCCUCGAUGAAGCCCAGAAACGGUGGGCCGAGACGUUGAAGUAUGCUGGAAUUCUGCCUGAUUUGCAACGCGCGGUGAAGUACAAUGGCCCGUCGAGUCCCUGUAUCUCGGGUUGCAGGUCGGUGUGCUGGAAGGCUUUUUUACUCUUCCAAGCUGCCGAUGUUGCAGAAUGGUCACAGCACAAUACCGAAUCGCGCAACUACUACUCUCAACAGCGAGAUCAUUUUCUGAAAUUCAUCAAGCAUCCUGAGGAACUGGCCAAGGUGGCCGUGGAUCCAUUGGCCGAUGACCCCAAAUCACCGUGGAACACUGUUCGCCAGGAUGAGAUCAUCAGGGCAGAAAUCGCCCAAGAUGUCCGUCGACUGCCAGACGAGCCGUUCUACCACGAGGAACGAACCCAGGCGAUGAUCAUUGAUGCUCUGUUUGUGUACUGCAAGUUGCAUCCGAACAGUGGCGGUUAUCGUCAGGGUAUGCAUGAGUUGCUGGCUCCGAUUGCCUAUGUUGUUCAUCAAGACGCCCUUGACCGCGAGGCGAUCUCUUCGAGCGGCGUUCCCGUCGAUGAGACAAUGCUUACCGUGCUCGAUUCAUCCUACAUCGAACACGAUGCCUUUGCAAUGUUUUCAAAGAUUAUGGAGAAAGCCAAGGCAUUUUACGAGGUCCAGGACUCCAUUUCCAAGGCGGCACUGGCGUCCGCUUCCAGAGACCGGGUGGAAACUUCGGCCAUUGUCGAGAAAAGCAAGUACAUUCAUGAGGUGUGCUUGGCCAAGGUCGACCCUGAGCUAGCAAAUCACCUGAAGGAUAUUGAGAUUCUUCCGCAAAUCUUCCUGAUUCGCUGGAUUCGCCUUCUUUUCGGGCGCGAAUUUCCUUUCGACCAGCUCCUCGUGCUUUGGGAUACCAUGUUCGCCGUCGAUCCCUCAUUAAGCCUGAUAGACCUCAUCUGUGUCGCCAUGCUUAUCAGAAUACGCUGGAGUUUGCUUGAGGCCGAUUACUCCGUUUGUCUGCAGUUGCUGCUAAAGUACCCAGCACCAGAAGCUCCUCAUGGGCCGCAUACGUUCGUAGACGAUGCAGUCUACCUCAGAACUCAUCUGAACGUGUCAGGUGGCACAUCCCUCAUGUUGAAGUACACGGGCAGGGCACCUAGCACGCCUGCGUCGGCGAGUAGCUCGCGACCUUCGACGCCGAUGGGUCAAGCGUUCUCGUCUUUUAGAAACCGAACCAAAGGAACCCAAUCACCAAUACCCUCUCCGGGACGGUUCAUUCAGCAACAAGGCGGCGUGGAAGCUCUCUUCCAAGGCGCCGCCAAAGGCAUGCUUGAAAGAGGCGAGAAGCUGGGCAUCAACCAAGCCGUAAGGGAUGCCAUGGGAGAGUUCAAACGGAACAUGCAGGGUCUCAACGAGGUGCGCUACUCACCUCGCACAGUGAGGCAGCUACUCAGCGACGAGACGGCGGCACAGGCGGUCGCUGCAAUGGAGAAGAGAAACAAACUGCUGGCAAAUAUGCUGGAAGAGACGGUCACUAGCCUCAGGUCUUUAGCCACUUCCGACCUCGACAACAAGGUCAAAACGCUGGAGCUUGCUGAGGUUGCCGCUGCCAAGAUACAGUUUGUCAAAGUCUACCUUGAGGAUUCGACGAUCGAAGUUCCGGACCUAGAGAGCAUCUCAAGCCCGCCGCCUGAAGAGGUAAAGGAUGAUGUUCCGAUGGAUAUAGGACCAGAUGACAGCGCCGUGCUUGGAGGCACGACAGCGACGGAGAACGUCGCGAGAGUUAUCUCAACGCUAUCGUUGGCAGAAGGAGGAAAGUCAAAAUCACCAGAUCCGCCUUCGCAACUGUCUGACGCGAUGGAAAUCACGCAAGAUACCUCAUCAGGACAGACAUCUCAACAACCAUCGGUGUUGGUGUCAACCACAUCUUCGGAGAGUUCCUCGCCAAAAGUGAGCCGACCUCAACCGCCGAUACCGACACGAUCGACUCUCGCACAAUCUUCAUUCUCGUGGAUGCUCGAACCAGACCAACCGGCACAUUCAGCAACGCCGCCGCAGCUGCCAAAGGCAACAUCGGGAGGCAACCACCGCAAGCGACCAUCGGGCAACAUCAGCAGGGAGCGUAACGCAUUCCUUUUUGGCGAGGUAUUGGCCGAGUCGGAGGACCAGAGCAAACCUGUCAAGUCAGAUGAUAUAUUCGGACUGCAGCCAAUAAGCAAGUCCAGGUCUCCGUUUGCAUGA